AUGGAGAUAUCACGACACCAAUUUCUUCAAAAGUUACCAGAAGUCGAAAAGGCCAUUAAAGAAUGCGACUUUAUGGCCAUUGAUACUGAAUUAUCUGGCCUGCAUCGACCUCCUACGUCUGUUCGAUUGUACAGUAUGGCAGACCGCUACCAAGAAUACAAGGAAGCAACCGAAAGAUUCUUGAUCAUCCAAUUUGGACUGUGUACAUUUACAUGGGAUGAGCCUUCUGGACGCUACAUUGCAAAGCCUUUCAAUUUUUACAUCUUCCCUACUAGCACAUCUGGCCAAAUCCAGGCUAACCGAGUCUUUAUGACACAGGCACAAGCAUUCGACUUUUUGACAAAGCAAUCGUUUGAUUUCAACAAAUGGGUCUAUCAGGGUAUCCCGUAUUUGACCGUAGCAGAAGAGGAGGCGUUUGUAGCUGCCUCCAGCAAGAAGAUGGCUGAUAACAUGCCUGAUAUCCCGAUUGACGACAAGGAACGGGACUUUGUCAAUGAAGCCAAGCAAAAGAUCAACGACUGGAUCCAUGCCGAUAAAACCGCAGAAGACGAUGGUGUCAAUAUUACAGCAAGGAAUGCUUAUCAAAGACGAUUGAUCUACCAGGAAGCUAGAAAAUUUGAAGGCUUGACAGCGAUUGGUAUGCAAGGAUUUAUUCGGGUGGUCAGACUAUCAGAGAAACAGGCCAAGGACAGACAAAAGGAAAAGCAGGAUAGGUUUGAAAAGGAUCGUGCUGCAGCUGUUGGGUUCAGAAAGGUUAUUGACCUGAUUUCACAGUCUGGCAAGACAAUGGUGGGUCAUAAUAUGCUUUUGGACAUUUGCCAUGUCGUUGGCCAGUUUGCGGAACCUUUGCCAGAGACACUACCUGAAUUCAAGGCUUUAGCGCAUCGACUCUUUCCCAAGAUGGUGGAUACCAAAUACAUGUGUACUGCUGAACCAGAACUAAACGCCAUCUUUGGAUCAGGCACCGCACUAGAGACCCUUCGAUUCGAGACCAAAAAAGAGCAAUUCAAAAAUCCACAUAUUGACAUGCAUUCUGAGUUUCCUCGUUAUUUAACAGAAAUGGCUCAUGAAGCAGGAUAUGACGCCUUUAUGACUGGAGUCGUAUUCUUGAAACUCGUUGCCUACCUUGACAAGACGAGAAAUCCUGACAAGUACGCUACUAUUGAGGCAGAGCGACUAGCAGAAGCAGAGGCCAAAGAAGAAGAGAGACAAAGAGAGAUGCAGCCCAAGGUGGAUGCAGAUGGCUGGGAGAUCAGCGAGGACGAAGACCAGGACAACGACGAUGAUAACUGGAAUUUACAACAAGAUGAGGUCUACAACUAUGGAUCUGUUCGUAUUGAUUUGACCAACAAGGAUGGCAAAAUGGACAAUGUGCUCAAUGCCAUCUACAACAAGACAGCACUGGUGCGCACUGCGUUUGAUUGUCUUGAUUUCCAGGUGCCAGAGAUCAUCUCAAAUCAGAGCAACACAAUUCUGGUCAAAUACAGCCCUGGCACACCAUUUGACAUGGCAACAGCAGAGCCGCUAUUCUACGACUAUGGCAAAUUCAUCAUUGAACCCAACGAUGCAUGCUCGUCUUUUGUUAUCUUUGAGAAAUACAGAAAAGAUCCUGCUACCAUUCAAGUUGACAACGACGCAUUCACCAUUGUACCUAUUGCAGAAUACCUUAAACAUCGACAAAUUCCCUCCUCUGAUACUGUCAUCUAA